AUGGCGGAUGAAGUUAACAUUCAUAUUGCGGGUGAAAUGGCCAAGGAAAAACUUUUUUCUGAGGUCACUCCCGAAGAUUUAGAAUGGACAUUGGCAUCUGGUUCUUCUACUGAAACCCAAACUUUUUAUUUGACUACUAAUGAAGGUCAUUUUGCUUUUGUCCAAAUGAUUCAUUCUAAUAUUAGUUUAUGGAAUCCCACUAUUCAAUUCACGGCUCGUUUCUUUGGUGCAGAUAUCAAUACUUUCAAAUCUGUCAAUAUGUCCAAUUUCAAACUUUCGACUGAUCGUCGUUCAGCAACUGCUGAUAAUAUGUCUAUUUCUCUUAAUCCUGAAUGUAAUAAAUAUUCGGUUCAAUUAACACAUGAAAAAGAAUUAUUGGUAGUUUUUGAUUUUGAAAGAAUUGAUCGUGGAUUUAAGAUUGGCGGUGGUAAGACUUAUUUUGGAAAAGAUAAAUCAGCAGGUUUUGUUGAACACAAAUUUUGGCCUAAAGGUAAAGUUAGUGGUACUAUUGUAGUAGAUGGGAAAGCAUUUGAUGUUUCUGGAAGUGGAUUAUUUGUACAUGCAAUUCAAGGAAUGCGACCACAUUUAAUCGCUUCUCGUUGGAAUUUCCUUAACUUUCAAUCUAAAAGUGCAUCUUUGUCAAUGUGUGAAUUUGAAACAACUCCUCAAUAUGGAAGCAUAAAGAUCAAUCAGGGUUCUUUAAUGGUUGGAAAUAAAUUAAUAGGGGUGUCAGUAAAUAAUCAAGCGAAUUUUAUGACAACAGUAUUAGAUCCGGACACCGGAUAUCAUAUUCCGGAAAAAAUUUUAUAUACAUGGGAGGGAAAUACUUUGGAUACUGGAGAAAAUUUCAAAGCAAGAAUGGAAUUUGAAACCGAAGUUCUUAUGGACAAGAUUGAUGUUCUAAAUGAGAUCCCUUAUUUCCUUAAAAAGAUAGUACAAGCUUUCGUUGCUAAACCGUAUGUCUAUCAAUGGUUUAACGACACUACAGCUUAUAUUAAAAUUGGAGAUAAAGAAGAAUUUGCUGUUCCCGGAAAAUUGUUUAGUGAAGCAACAUUUAUUUAUUAG